UGUUUCUAUAGAAACGGGCCUGCUACAUGAAGAGUUCUCAGAAGAUGUACUGGUGUGUCAUAAUAUGCUGUGUGUUAUGUUGCUUCGGUGCCUGCAUCGGACUACAGUGCACUUACCCACAAUCCAAAAAAAUUAAGUUUACCAUCGUAAGUCGACGUAAUCAAACAGGACAAUGGACUGCUCAGUUUCAGCUGGCGCAUGAAGCUGGACCCAAAGACGUGGGUCACUGGAAGGCAGACAUCAACCACACAACAUCCAUAUGUGGGGACUCUGAAUCGAUCCUCAUAGAUGCCAGUGUAACAGAACCAGCCCCUAAUGUGAGAGCUCUUUCUUUACCUGGAUAUGAGUUGGUGCCUGGACUGGGAUACUACAAGCUGCAUAUUGUUGGAAAGUCAUGGCAAGAGGCUCGUAAGACCUGCGAAGAAGAAGGGGCACAUCUCUUGGUCAUCGACUCUGAAUAUGAAGCAAAGAAUAUGGCACGACUUUGGAAAGAGUACCCUGCAUUUCUUGCUAGAAACACCUACUACGCUUUCAUUGGUUUCCAUGACCUUGGCAAUGAAGGAGAAGUUGUUACUAUUUUCAAUAAAUCUCUGGCAUCAACUGGUUAUGAUAAUUGGGACUCUACAGAAAAUGAUAUUCGUUAUAAUUGUGGUCUCUUUGUACAGAAGAACCAUAAAAUAGAGAUCGGUACGUGUUCAAUUGCCAGGGGAUUUUUCUGUGAACACGAGCUAUAAUUUGGUGUCAAUAUUGAGCAGUGAAGCAUUUGUUUAAAAUCUUUAUAGGAAAUAAUGCAUAUAAACAAAUUUGUAAUACCUAUGCUAGUAUCAACAGAAAAUGAGUGUAGUAGUGUUAAACGUAACAUCUGUCAAUUAAUUUAUUAGCAUUAAAUCUGUAUAGACCAGAAAUGAGAUCAUAUAUUCAUUAUCUCACUGUCCUUGGAUUUCCGCGGCUGGAGUUCAACGUACACAUUCGGCUUCCGAGGAUCAGCCGCGCGAAAUGUUGAAAAUUAUCCAUCGUUUCGGCAAAUAUUUCAGUUGCCAUCUUAAGGGUGAAUAUAGAUGCUGAAUGAUAGAGCGAAAUAGCGGGCAGUCCACUCUUCUAUGCCAUCAAAUCGAAAUCGCCAGUUACUGCCUGCCCCAUAUAAGGCUUGCAAAAACGCCCAACUAUCACAUACCACGGAGAUACCAACUGCAACGUUUAAUGUCGAAACAUUAAAUAAUUUUCAACAUUCGACGCGGAUACUUUUCAAGCUGAAUGUUCCGUCUGAGCUUCCAUUAUAAAUUCUUAAAUUCAUCCCUACAGCUAAUUAAUUUCCCAUCGCCUCCAUAUUUAGGAGUUCGUAAAUGUAAUAACUGCAGACUGCGAACAACUGUAGCAAUAACAGUAGUAUUAAGAGAAAUUGUACAUUUUUGCAAGAACUAUUUAAUAUUGUCUUACAUCACAUACACUCUGGAACAAUUUGUGUAGCAUAGUUAUAAAUUAGCACUAUAAUAAUUCAAUUCAAUUCAUUUAUUACAGUGCUUAACAACAGCCAAAAAGGCCAAUAACAGCCAAGCACUAACAAUACAAACAUUACAACACAAAAACAAACAAACAAACAAUAAACUAAAUAUACAAAUGUACAAUGUUAAUUUAUUGCAAAAUAAUCAAUAAGCAAAUGAGCCAAAUAAUAAUAAUAAUAAUAAUAAUUGCUUUUGUAACUGUUUUUCUAGCUAUUAAUGUCUCCUCAAAAUAAAGAAAAAUAUAUAAAUCUGAUUUGAACUUUAA